AUGAAUCCUCUGCCAGUUCUCCAUGAUGGGGUGAGAACAGCUGAUCUAGACAUUGUCUCGAUCCCUGGCCUCCCAACACUUCAUCCAAAGUACAAGUCGAAGGAUCACAAUCAAUGGCUUCGAGAGGUGCUCAGUCAUCGUGUGCCCCAGGCCCGGAUUAUGGCCUUCCAAUACGAUUUUGGCCAGGAAUCGAAGGAAGUUGCAUGGAUGCAACUCAUGCAGCAUGCAGAAGGGCUUCUUUAUAGUCUGAUCCACCGAAGAGAAGGGGUCGAAUCGCGCCCCAUCAUAUUUGUUUGCUUCAGUUUUGGGGCUUUUAUUCUCAAAAGAGCAAGUUUCCUGCAAUCAGACAUUGUUUCGUUUCUCAUCUGA